AUGGGAGGAGGGCGGUCUCAGUCACUUUAUAAGAAGUGCAGAUCGUACAAGUAGGAACUUUACACAGAAACUCAGGAGGAACGAAAUGAUCUGCCCUGGAGUCGCAGCAAAAUGCUGGAUGGACACCUACUCCUGGGAUGGUUAUCGUUCACUCUCAUAGUCCUCCUCAGCUUGCCUGGACCAAGCACUGCUUAUUUCGGGCUGACGGGUAAUGAACCCCUGUCCUUCCUGCCACUGAGCUCCCAGCCAGAAGACAGCCUGGGCAAAGCUCACUACAAGCUGUGCGACCGUCUGAAGCUGGAGAAGAAGCAACGCCGCAUGUGCCGCCGGGACCCUGGCGCGGCCGAGACCCUCAUGGAGGCCAUCAGCAUGAGUGCCCUCGAGUGCCAGUACCAGUUCCGCUUCGAAAGGUGGAACUGCACCUUGGAGGGGCGCUAUCGCACUCACCUGCUAAAAAGAGGCUUUAAGGAGACGGCCUUCCUGUACGCCAUCUCUUCGGCGGGCCUGACUCACGCCAUGGCCAAGGCCUGCUCCGCGGGCCGCAUGGAGCGCUGCACCUGCGACGAGGCGCCGGACCUGGAGAACCGCAAGGCCUGGCAGUGGGGCGGCUGCGGGGACAACCUCAAGUACAGUCACAAGUUUGUAAAGGAGUUCCUAGGCAAGCGGUCAUACAAGGACCUGCGGGCGCGCGUGGACAUGCAGAACACCAACGUGGGCAUGAGGGUGAUCAGGGCCGGGGUCGAGACCACCUGCAAGUGCCACGGAGUGUCGGGCUCCUGCACGGUACAGACAUGCUGGAGACAGCUCUUACCCUUCCACGAGAUCGGCAAGCAGCUGAAGCAGCGUUACGAGGCCUCCGUCAAGGUGGUCAGCCCGUCCAACGAGGCCACGGGGGAGGGUGACAUCGGACAUCCUCGGGGGCUGCAGCCCUUGCCGGGCCCCAGCGACCCCAUCCCUCGCACCAUGGAUCUCUACCACAUCGAGGACUCCCCCAGCUUCUGCCGCCCCAGCAAGUACUCACCAGGGACGUCAGCCCGCAAAUGCUACAAGGACAAAAACUGCGACGCCAUCUGCUGCGGGCGGGGCCACAACACCCAGAGCCGGGUGGUGACGCGGCCCUGCCAGUGCCAGGUUCGCUGGUGCUGUUACGUGGAGUGCAAGCAGUGCACGCAGAGGGAGGAGGUCUACACCUGUAAAGGGUAGACACUCCCCUUCUCUGAUUCCUCACCAGGCCACGCCCACUCGACUCCCCAGCCAAACUCUGAGUCUCGAUUCUCGGCGGAUCACGCUAUAAAAAGGUUCGGGAGAGGGGAUCUCACGGCCAAACACACCCCACUGCUCCCCUGACGUCAAAUUCGGGAUUGACGAGAAACCAGCUGGUGGAAGAAGGAAAGCACUUUUGUUAAAUGAUCCCUGGGUUGCUUCAAGCUUCCCCCUUUUCACUCGGUAGGUGGUCCACUGUCAAGCAAAUGGAUCGGAACUCCAGAGUUUUUGGCUGGGAAGCUCUGACUUGCAGCAAGAGGACCCCACGCGACGCUUACUCCUUUCUCCUCAGUGCCUGUGAGUCACGCAAAAAAUGAAGUCUCGUGGACUGUUGAGGAAGGGUGGAGUGAGGUCUCCGUAGGGGAAAAGGACUUCUCGAAGACAUCUGGUUUAGACAGACUAUCUAGGUUUUUAAACAGAAUCGAACCCAGCUAAUCGAACAGAUAGCAGAGGUGCAGAUGGGGAGUGGAGUUUAUCUAAAACAGACAGUGCUCUUGGUAAUUUAAGAGGAACUGUAAAAUGACAGGGUGUAUGAUGUAUUCUGCACGCACAUAUACACACUCAAACAUACCCGUGUGUAUGCAUAUGUAUGUAAAUAUAUUAAAUUAUGCCUUAAGUAUAUUUAGCAAUUAUCUAAGAAAACAACCACUACCCAUGCAAACAUUUGGAGCUGUUUGCGUGUUUUUUGUUUUGCUAUGUUUUUGUGUAAUUCACUUUGACAAGGCCCUUUGGAAAGCAGUAAAUGUGUGUUAUAUGUGUCUGUGGGUAUAAUUUAUGGAACUAUGGCGUAUUGCGUUCCCUAAAGAAAGAAUAUCAGUCCAGAGCAGUUUGUGUAACAGAGAGAAAGCCAGGCAAUCUUUUUUCCGACUUCCCUUCAUUGCUUUGAAGGUGCAGGGGGGGGCAGUUAAUCUUCUUCUCGCCAGGCUUUUCUUAGCCUGAAGUGAACUUGUCAGUUUAUCGUUCAGGGAAUGACUGAAACCACUAUUUCCACUCUGAUUCCAUGCCUAAUUAAGUUAUGGUGCAACUAAUACAGGUAGGAAUCGAGGGCGGGAGGAACUGCCGUGUUUGCGAGCUUCCCUAUGCCACGAUGAUCGGCACAAGUCCAGUAUGACGUAAGAGGAUAUCUCCUGUCAGCCUCAGUGAUGGAUCAUCUACUGUGCUACUCGGUUGCUGAUAUGGUGUUCCAUCUCAGACAGUUUGGUAAUCGUGGGACGAGUGUAUGUUUCGCAUACACGAGGGGGGCUUGUCCCAUCUUCCUCCUUACUCAUGCACAGCACCAGAGAGCGAAAUGCUAGCCAUCAAGACAAACUGGCCAUGGACAUUAAGACCAAACAUUUUGGUUAUGUGAUCAGCUAUGUUAUCCAGGCUCUGUUUGAUUGACAAGACUGAGUUGCAAAAACCUGAAAGCUAUGUCACAUGUAGCUAGUAAUCUGGUUCUCUGCUAACCAAUUAGCAUUGACCUUAGACACACAAUCACUAGCAUAGGUAUGGCAUGUCAUGGUGUACGUCUGAUUAACCGAAGCCUUAAAAAUGGAACCUUUUUCCAACUAAAGGCAUCCAUUAUGUCUCCUCCAAAGAAGUUGGGUAGCGUGAUCUUUUGGUAAUGUGCAUUGACAUACCUGCUAUCUGUCAUGAGGGCACAGUGGUUUGUGAAGGGUCUGAGGUGGGAAGUCCAGAUCGAUCACAAUCAUUGUCUUCAGGAGGCAAUACUGCAAUGCAAUGGGAUCUCAAAACAGAAUUUGGCCAGAGAAGUUCAGUAUAUAGAUUACAAUACAUUCAAAUCAAUGUUGCUGCUUAAACCUUUGCCAGGCCUUGUGCAACUGCAAAAUCACUGCCAUUUCUAAGGGUUGUUCAGUAGGAUACUUACUGUAACUAGUGAUCCCUCAUGCAUGUGUGCCAGUCAGAUGUUUUGACGUCGUCAUGAUUUUCUAACCAUAAUGCUUCUGUAACGUUCUUUGAAACACGUCAGUAGGAAUCUACUCAUCCCUGUUAACGUCAUGACUGCAAAAUGAAGUAUAUCUGUAUGUCUUAGAUGCCUCGAACAUGGAACAAAUGCAUUUUGAUGCGUCAAUAAACAUUAAUCCCGAUUAUUAAACAAGGAUAACCUGCGUAACUUCAGGUGAUUCUUGAGUCGGUCUUCGGUUAGAUAGCUCGACGUGACGAUUCUGGGAUGGCCGUCAUCAGACUGUACCAGUGUGUGGGACUUUUCCUCCCUGUUCCACAUAACAUAUGUACCUGUACAUUUCAAACUCUUUUCUGUCCUGCAAAAAAAAAAAAAAAAACAUAUAUAAACAGUGUACAUAGUAGCGUACAACAAAAUAUAUAACUAUAUAAAAGGCAAAUAUAUAGUAUCGUUUUGUGUUGUCUUAGGCGAGUGUGAAUGAACUACUGAGCGAAAGAUCCUAUAUUGUAAUAUAGUCCCAUUCACAUACUGAGGCCUGGAAGCUUUCUGAGUAUUUAAAGAACUGUAUUUAUAAAUACAUAUUAUGUGGAUUUAUUUCUUUUUUUCCCCCAUUGUAAAUAGUUACGGUUUAUUCUUCUGUGGUAAAGAGGCAUGAUUGAGGCACAUGCAUAAAACUCGCAGGUGAUUAUUGGGGAAAUUAGGAGAGAGACAUUUGACUCGGAGAAGCGUGGGAAUAAAAUAAGGCAACGCUAGUAGCUUUAACGCCGGAUCGGCCAAUCUCUCCGGGCCGACGCAUGUCGUAGGCCUUCAUUGGCCGAGAUGCGUCCCGAAUCCAGGUGACCAGACAGGCUCGUGGCCUAUUGAGCGGCCCGAUUCUCGCUACUCCGCCCACUUGGCUCCAGUCACUUCUGCCAGCACAGGACGAUACGGGAGCGGACCUUCGGCUAGCAGGCCUGCGAGCUCGAUUCCACAAGCCAGUCGGCACGAGCCAAUUAAGGAGCAGUUGAGAAUUUAUACAUAGAACUUUGCACGCUACAUGAAAGCCAUAAUCGCUAUGUAUACAGCUCGGGCAGGCGUGCUGGCACACCGCAGCUGAAAACAGGAUGAGGCUUGCAGGCUGGCAGGCCGUGCUGUUAGCAGGCUGCUGGACUAGACGGCCUAUCGUGACGUCCUUGUCAAUAUCACGCCGAUUGCAUUCUGGGAUGCUCCAACCCUCAAGCCAAGGAUCUAUUCAUAGGAUCCUUGCUCAAACCCCACGUAAGCAUUUAAGCACAGCUACAAAUCCUCCGACUCCUCUUUCUCAAUUAAUGGUCCAGAUGUUAACUAUUACUUUUAUGCCACUCAGAAUAUUCACAUCAGUGAUUUUUAUUAUUAUUAUUAAUUUUUUUUAUAAUUCUUUUUUUGGUAUUCGAAUCGAUGCGUUCGUCAGUUGGUGAACUAGGCAGUCCCAGGCUAGCUGAUGGGUGCGGUAAAGACAGAAUGUCAUUAAAAAGGAAAGAAAAAGUGGAUUAUGUUUGAAACAUUUAUGUUGUAGGAAAAAGGAAAAAUGAGAAGUUAAAUUAUUUUUGGGAAUAUGGGCAUGUGUGUCACUGUAUAUAGUGUAAAGUCCAGACUGUUGUUAUAUUCAUUGUUUGUUACUGUGGCUUGUUUCAGGCCUAACGGGGGAUUUGCUUAUUUUUGGGGUGGAGGCAUCAGCAAAGGAACAUAGGGUUUAUUUGUUUUUUAUGAUUAUUAUUUGUUGCACCUGAUCUCAUUUAAUGGAUUCUCAUUCUCUGUUUUUCUGCCACUUGAGCACAAAGCCAGACGUAACAAACUGUCACUUUUUCAAAAUUCAAUUUUGUAACCUUUCUUUGUCAGAAUACAGGAAAACCUGCGGUUAGAUAUUAACUGGACUCCCAGUCAUAACACUCUGACUUUCCUUUGCAUCGUAAUUAAAACUUUGUGCUAAAACAGUGAUUUUGGUUGAACGACUUUCUCCAACAGCCUGGGUGAAGUGGAAUAAAAGACUUGUGUGAAUUCACUGUUUUAGCAGAGGUAAACUUGAGCCACACGAUUGGAUAAAUUUGAAUACGGUAUCACUAUAAUUCUUUCAUAUUUGAACAUACAUACUGUGAUAAGAUGUAUAAAAAAACGAGCAUUUUCCAGGAUUAUGAAUACUGCUGCUUUGUGGCAUAACCAGAGGAAGGUUCUGGAAUACAAACAUUGGAGAAAAACAACAGUCAAUCAAACAUCUGGCAUUUAGCUCCAAUAAUUAACGGCAAAAGAGGUAUUAGCAAUUGUGUUUUUAGAAAUUUAACAAAUGAGUCAAAUGAUAAAUGGGUGUAAGAGUCGGAAGGACGGCCUGAAAAGAGGUGAAAAGGAAAGAAGUCCGAGGAUUAAACCCAGGGAGAGUGAAGGGUGAUGCCUGUUAGUGUAGCGUUUCCCAACCCAGUCCCCGGGUACCAAAACACCCUCCAUGUUUUUGCUCCCUCCCAACUCCCUGCCAGACAGUUCACAUUUUUGCACCCUCCCAGGCCCUUACUAGGAGCUGGGAGGGAGCAAAAACAUGGACUGUCUGUGGGUCCCUGAGGACCGUGUUGGGAAACACUGUGUUAGACGAUGACCCAUGUCAGGUGGAUUAGCGAAUUCCCAGCUUUCCUGGGUUUCUUUCCGGAAGGUUUCGGGCCGCGUCGCUUCACUGUGGGAUUUGGCGGUUUGAGACUGAGGUGUACAGUGACACUGCAAGGAUGACAUCCGACACCUAUGAUGCAAGUCAGACCUUUUUAGUUUUUUUUUCUUUUUGUUUUCAAAUAAAUCAAAAUUGUGAAAGUGAGUGGAGAGUGUUUGUGGGAUGAACAGGUUUGCCUGCUUUCGGGUUUAUUUUGUGCUGCCUUUUUUUUAAAAAAAAAUAAAAUAAACUUAAUGUCCAUUGUGGAGAUAAAUACUGACAGAGGUUUGUCUUUUUCCUCUUUUCAUGUCUUAUGGGAACCUAAAUUAUUUUCCUCUACCUCAUGUGUAUAGCUUGUAGGUAUAGAAACUGAUUCUGAAUGACUGGUAAGAAUGUAUUUAAGUUAUUUAAUAUCUUUGUAUAACAAAGGCAAGAAAGGCUGGAAAUAAUAAAUGAAUUUUUAAGUUA